CAAUGAAACGAGGGGCAAUGUAGGACACCACGUUGGGGCUCGGAGCACAAUAUAAGCCGGCGGUUUUAUUUAUUUUAUUUUUUCGUUUGAUUUGAACAUUCCUAUGAUCCAUUUUGUUCACCGUGGUCGUGUUUAGCGCAUUCGAAGAGUUACUUAAGUGUACUCGCGAAGGCUGAGGAGGAAGGAAACGAGGCUGAGGAUCAGUGUCGUGGGGGGACUGUUACACCAGCGUGAUCUCGAUCCGCGAAAUAGGUUAAGAACAAUAAAGUAACUUACAGAGACAAAAAAAAACACAAAAAAAUGUCGAUGUUCGCGUACUCGGAUUAUCUCGCGGCUGAGUGCCUGGUGUCGAUAUCCAGCGGGCCGGUCCUCCACCGACCCAGGCCGGCGGCCACGCAGGCCCCUCCUCAGGGCCCUCCACCCGGGGAGCUGGACGGGUCGAGCGAGGACAGGGAGGUCCGCGAAACCCUCCGGCUGGAGGGAUCCAGCAUAGCCACGGUGGCCCAGGUCCUGACGGAUCUACACGGGAAACUGCGGCCCGUGUCCGCCUACUCGGAGAGCAGCAACUCGUCGUGCGGGGAGAGCGGCUACACCACGCUUUCCGACCCGGCCACCCCAACCAUGACCCCCUCGGCCACCCCAGUCCCCCAGCAGCAGCACAUGUGGGGAGGAGGAGGAGGAGGGGCGCCCCGGUCCCCCACCAAGCGUCACCCGUGUACCUUCGACGGCUGCGACAGGGUGUACGGCAAGUCCUCCCACCUGAAGGCGCACAUCAGGACCCACACAGGCGAGAGGCCGUUUCCCUGCACCUGGGUCGGCUGUGAAAAGAAGUUCGCCCGGUCUGACGAACUCGCCCGCCACCUGCGCACGCACACAGGCGAGAAGCGCUUCCAGUGCCCGCUGUGUGACAAGCGCUUUAUGCGCAGCGACCACCUGAUCAAGCACGCCCGCCGUCACCCCGACUUCCAGCCCUCCAUGAUCAGCCGCAAGGGCUCGGGGCAGGGGUCAGCCUAGGCUUUAGGGUCUUCGAUCGGCACGGAGUCUCGGCAAGUCAGCGCUGUGGUCCACUUCACGUCUCCUCCAGCUUUCCUUCCGGACCUCGGUCGGACCCCUUUGUCCUACGACACGACCAAUUUUUUUCUUUUUAUCUGCCCCUCUAGCUACCUGAGAGGUAUUUCACAAAGCAGAAUAGUUCUUCACAUUGAGCUCACAGAGAAAUUCUGCCUUGUGAAUUACUUCGGUGUUUGAUCACACACCAUACUCCUCACUCUCAUGAUUUUGGGAGAAGCUCUGCGUCGUCGUCCACAAGAAUCUUCCCAAACCACCCAGCGACGACGUUCCUUUGCCCUUCAGAGAACAACGACCAUCUGCCUCAACACAUUCCUCUUUGAGUCUGUAGACUGUAGAAACUCCAGCACGAUUGACGGGUGAUGCCGAUUUGGUUGCUUUGUGUCCAGAGGAUGAAGCGAUUCCGCUGACGUUGCGCAGGCCUCUCUCGACAAAAGCACAACACGCUACUCCUUCGGAAGCGGUGAAGCUGUUCCAAGCCAACGAGAUGGCGGCACAAUCCUUCACAACAUCUGGUUCAAUUGCAUCACUCACCAGCCGCAUUUGAGCGUCAUAAAAAGUCACCCAAAUUUUUUUUAUUUAUGAUUUAUUUAUGAUGUAAGGCCACUGUUAAAUGGACACUUUUGCUCUGUCAUUCCAAACAUCUUGCACACCACACUCACACUGUCCUUUCUCACGAUGCCUGUCAUGACCAGAAUAGCUGGUAACAGGGUUGACAUUAGCAGGCAUUCACUGGUGCUCAGUUUCUCUCAGUCUUUCCAUCACAGCAGUCGGACUGAAUUAUCGAAAUGGUGUAAGACGUAAUCGUCGGGUGAUACUUGUAACAUAGUCGUUAAGAUACACUGAAUUGCGUCAUCUUUCAAAUCAUGCAUUCUCGUGGUUGGUUUACAUUUGACUAAGCCGCUGAGCUUUACAGAGCCCAGCGAUGCAUGUUUUCUCACUUUCUGUUGAUGUGACGAGACAGCUAGAUGAAGAAAAAGACGUCUGAAAGCGAUAGCUUACAAAAAGGUCUCAUUCGGGUAGAAAUAUAGCCUGUAAUGUGUGGGGAAACAUCAUUUUGUGCUAUUUUUGGUCUUUAAUGUUGUAAUAAGUUAUUCUUUUAAUUUGCAAUUACUUAUAUUGGCAAUUUACAUAUGCAUACGUACAUAUAUAUAAAUAUAUAUAUAUUUCCCAGUAGAGUUCACACUGAAGUUCCAUGGAAACGGUUCAGUGUUCUGUUUUUAGGGUGUUUGCCUAUUGCUUUUUCAUAUAGAGCAGUUUCGUUUAUAAUUUAUCCUUGAAAUAUCCUCACGUUAAGACAUGUAGCGCCAUGUCUGAUAGUGUUGCAAAUGGCUUGUGUGUGUGUGUGUGUGUGUGUGUGUGUGUAUGUAUAUAUAUAUCUAUGCUAAAGCUUCUACUGUAGGGAUGUUAUAUAAAUGACCUGGAGUGAUGCCUGUUGGGUUGUAGACCUUAUAUUAGGGGACACAGAGCAUAUACAGUACUGUGCAGAAGUCACCCUUCAUUUGAAUAAUUAAAGUUCAAUUAAUUUCCAGUCAUUCAUUAUAUUAGAUCAAGGGGAAAAGAAUGCAUAUACAGAACACGGAAGCCUCCAGAGUGAAAUAUCAACGUGAUCAGUGUUUAGUGUCUCCUCUGCCUUUAUUAUGGUUUCCAUCCUUUUUCAAGAGCCUCGCGUUCAGGUUAGUUUUCCUCACUUGCAAAGUUCAGUCUUAGAAGUUGGAUGCACUUUCUGCUUCUCACAGUGCAAAUAAUCCCACAUUCAGUGAUGUUGAGGUCUGGACUUUGUGGUGGCCAGUUCGUUGUCCUGAGAACACCAGCAGCUUCUUUUCCUUCCCUUUAACAUCUUUUUGACCGCAGUUGCCGUAUUGGAAACUUUUUUUUUAUGUCCUUCUCUUUCCGUAUCUUACCUGAUCUCAAAAAUGUCCUGAUUAAUAAUUAACACCUGCUUAAUGACCUUUUUUUUUGGGUAAAACAUUUGCAUAAAUUAGUGGUCUCAGACCUUUGCACAGUCCAGUAUUUGCUCUAAUGGAUAGGCUAGUGCUGUUUGCUUGCUUGCUCGCUUGUUUGUGUGCGCACGUGUGCGAGUCUCGCCUCUGUAUGUAUGUACGUAGCAGAGAGAGCGGAAAGAGGUCUCUCUCUAAACUGUCCCACAAGCGGACGUCUCACAUCUAUCUCAGCGAACAAUAUAUAACACAUCAGGAAUCUCAGAAAGCCUUAAUCCUAUCCAACUUCUUUUGCACCAUUGUUAACAGUUGUACAUUUUUCUACAGGUGAUGUUUACCGCAAGGCAUGUUGGGUUUUUUUUUUUUUUUUUUUUUUUU